AGCCCCUUCUCCUGCAGCUCUCUGCCCCGGCGGAAGGAGCAUCCCCGCACUGAAGUUGCCUGAUGGAUUACAGAGCUGCUGCGGACCAUCACGUUUGCAAUGGUGUGUGCGGCUGCUGUGGUGCCUUGCGGCCCCGUUACAAGAGAUUAGUUGACAAUAUCUUUCCGGAGGAUCCAGAGGAUGGGCUGGUAAAAACCAACAUGGAGAAGCUGACCUUCUACGCACUGUCUGCGCCGGAGAAGCUGGACCGCAUCGGCGCGUACCUUUCGGAGAGGCUGAUCCGCGAUGUGGGCAGGCACCGAUAUGGGUACGUGUGCAUUGCCAUGGAAGCCUUGGACCAGCUGCUAAUGGCCUGUCACUGCCAGAGCAUCAACCUGUUUGUGGAGAGCUUCCUGAAAAUGGUGGCGAAGCUGCUGGAGUCAGAGAAGCCCAACCUGCAGAUCCUGGGGACAAAUUCUUUUGUGAAGUUCGCGAACAUUGAAGAGGACACUCCGUCCUACCACAGGAGCUAUGACUUCUUUGUGUCACGCUUCAGUGAGAUGUGCCACUCCAGUCACGAUGAGCUGGAGAUCCGAACAAAGAUCCGGAUGUCUGGCAUAAAAGGCCUGCAGGGGGUGGUGAGGAAGACGGUUAAUGAUGAACUCCAAGCGAACAUCUGGGACCCGCAGCAUAUGGACAAAAUCGUGCCUUCGCUGCUCUUCAACCUACAGCACGCAGAGGAGGCUGAGAGCCGCUCUCCAUCUCCCCUGCAAGCAACUGAAAAGGAGAAAGAGAGUCCCACUGAGCUGGCAGAAAGGUGCCUGCGGGAGUUACUGGGGCGAGCGGCUUAUGGGAACAUUAAGAACGCCAUCAAACCUGUUCUCAUCCAUCUAGACAACCACUCACUCUGGGAGCCAAAGACGUUUGCUAUUCGCUGCUUUAAGAUCAUCAUGUACUCCAUUCAGCCUCAGCAUUCCCACUUGGUGAUCCAGCAACUCCUGGGACACCUGGAUGCCAACAGCAAGAGCGCGGCCACGGUGCGGGCUGGGAUCGUGGAGGUCCUGUCGGAGGCAGCUGUCAUCGCGGCCUCGGGAUCAGUGGGACCGACUGUGCUGGAAGUGUUCAACACCCUGCUGCGGCAACUGCGGCUGAGCAUUGACUAUGAGCUGACGGGCAGCUACGACUGUGCCGUCGUCAGUACCAAGAUCAUCAAGGAGCAUGAAGAGAGGAUGUUCCAAGAGGCCGUUAUCAAGACCACAGGUUCCUUUGCCAGCACCCUCCCCACCUAUCAGAGGUCAGAGGUCAUGCUCUUUAUAAUGAGCAAGGUCCCGCUGCCUUCUCUGCACCACGCUAUAGACGCUGGAAAAGCUGGGGAGAAUCGGAAUCGCCUGACUCAGAUAAUGCUGCUGAAAUCCCUCCUGCAGGUCUCCACGGGCUUCCAGUGCAGUAACAUGCUCACGGCCCUGCCCAGCUCUUUCCUGGACAGGCUGCUCUCGGCCGCAUUGAUGGAAGACGCCGACCUGCGUCUCUUUGUCCUUGAGAUACUGAUCAGCUUCAUUGACCGCCAUGGAAACAGGCCCAAGUUUUCAACUAUCAGCACCAUCAAUGACAUCUCUGUCCUGAAGCUGAAAGUGGACAAGUGUUCCCGCCAAGAUACCGUCUUCAUGAAGAAGCAUUCCCAGCAGCUCUACAGACACAUCUACCUGACGAGCAAAGAGGAGAGCAACGUGCAGCCGCACUACGAGGCGCUUUACAGCAUGCUGGCACUCAUUAGCAUCGAGCUGGCCAACGAAGAGGUGGUGGUGGACCUGAUCCGCCUGGUGCUGGCAGUGCAGGAGAUCGCCCAGAUCAACGAGGAUAACCUGCCUGUGUACAACCGCUGCGCCCUCUAUGCCCUCGGCGCCGCCUACUUGAAUCUAAUCAGCCAGCUCACCACGGUGCCCGCCUUCUGCCAACACAUCCACGAGGUCCUCGAGACGAGGCAGAAGGAGGCUCCAUACCUACUUCCAGAAGACGUGUUUGUGGAGAUGCCCCGGCUGACGAAGAGCCUGGAUCACUUAGUGCCCGAGGUCUUCUUCCGACAGAGCAAGAUCAGCGAGGUGCUGGGCGGCAGCGGUUAUAAUUCAGACCGGCUCAGCACCCCCUACAUCCCCCAGCUGACAGACGAAGAUCGGUUGUCCAAGAGGAAGAGCAUUGGCGAGACCAUUUCUCUUCAGGUCGAAGUGGAAUCGAGGAACAGUCCCGAGAAAGAGGAGAGAGCCCCCGCUGAAGAGAUCACGUACGAAACCCUGAAGAAAGCAAUUGUAGACAGCGUUGCCGUGGAGGAGCAGGAGCGGGAGAGGAGGCGGCUGGUGGUGGAGAAGUUCCAGAAAGCUCCUUUUGAAGAGAUUGCAGCUCACUGCGGUGCCCGGGCCUCGCUGCUGCAGAGCAAGCUGAACCAGAUCUUUGAGAUCACUAUCCGACCACCCCCGAGCCCGUCUGGUACCAUCACGGCGGCUUAUGGCCAGCCCCAGAACCACUCCAUCCCGGUGUACGAGAUGAAGUUCCCAGAUCUCUGCGUGUACUGAGUCGAAGCGCAUGCCAAGAGAAGGCCAAGCCCUGAUGCAACUGGAGCCAAGGGGGAAACGCGCCUUCUGCAUGAAUUAAAACGAGUCUCUUGAAGAACUCAAUAACCCCUCUUGGUGGACUCUGGCAGUCUUCCCUCUUCCAGAGCUACGUGGCCCGAGACCACCCCACGAUCCUUCCGACAUUUACACAAAUCGAAUGUACUUUUCUUUGCCACCCUAUUUCUUCUCAGCUACUUUCACCUCCAGGGUUUGACAAUGCAUGAGACUUGAGAACUUUCAGGAAACCGUUUCAGAGCCGUGACUCUGGCAGCGAGAAGUCGGGGAGGGCACAGGGGUAGCUGGGUUUUGCUUUAGCUUCCCUUUUUAGAAGCGGGUGAGACUUUUGCGGGGGGGGUUAGAUCUCACCCCGGAGAGAGUGUGUUUGGCGUGUUGAUGUCCCACUACAUAAAGCGGACCUAUGCCAGUGACAGUGUCACUCACGUUUAUCUGCCUUUGGUCAGGUUAAGGGAGUUCUUUCUUAGCAAGGAGCUGCUGUCCAAACUUGAGGUCUUCUGUAUUUUAAAGCCAGACUAAGUGUACUUGAAAGUAGGACCCAAACUUGUUGCGAAAGGUGAAUCUUAGUUGCCUUAAGACAGUGCAAAGCAGCCAAAGAGGCAGGUUGACCCAAGACAUAAAAUUAGUCAUCACAGUUGGAUGUAUAUUUUUAAAAAAAAGGUUAUUUUUGUGCCGCUAGGUCCUACACAUCGGCUGCGUAUUUGCCUUUCCAGUAAUGCUGAUUUAAGAAGACACAGGGGCUAUUUGACAGAUAGGUACAAUCAAGGCAAAUGCCCUUAACUUUUCCUGCAUGUUCUCAACUGACAGGGAAAUGGCUUCUGUCAUGAACCAGCAUGUGUGUGUGUGUCUCCCACUCCAUGGAGUGGGAGCCUAGAAGCCGAAUGGCUCAGCUCUAUACUUCUAACAGCUAAAGGAGAUUCUCUGUUAGAGCCAAGUGGCAGGGGGUCGUGAGCUUCUGGAGGAGGAGGACUCGCUCUGUGAGCCAACCUAAGUUGCCAGUAGUGCGCAGCCGAUGGGGAGACCCUUUAAGUCCUAAGCAGUUACGGAUUCGUUGCAUACCUGAUUUUUAAAAUCCAUGUUUCAGUGGGAAUUGUCCUGUGGAGGAGCUGGGCCCCGAUCCUACAGGCCGUGGGUGAGGGCUGUACUGAUGUGCAGGCAGGACUAAGGGUGGGACAGCCUUGGGGAACCCAGAAAGAAGCAGCAGCAGGAGUGAAAUGGGAAUGGAGGGGAAGGCACAUUAACCCUUUGAACUCUGGCAUUUCCACUGUCCGUGCUGCGUACAGGCAGUUCAAGGAGUGCAUGGAGGCACCUACUUUAGUUACGAUGAUUAUUACCCCCCAUUUUCACAUGAGCCCAGAGCUCCUUUGGGGCUGAAAUUUCCCAUGUUUGGGCUCUGUCUCACUCAUCUUUCAGCAAAAUCCCUCUGGCAAAGGGACCUAAAAUAAAAUGAAAAAAUUCUGUUUUCUGAACAAUUCCAAACGGUUAAAAUAACAACACUAGGCUACAGCAAAAACAGCUGGUGCAUGGCAGAGGAGGGCCUGUCAUCUGCCAGCUUCAAAACCAGAGUUCAAAGGAGUUUCCCAUCCUACACCUGCCCCUGGAUUCUCCCUCCAAUCGUGGCUGUAUAAUCACAUUUUCUUGGUUUCCCCCAAAUGUUUUCCUUUCCCCUAAAAACGUACUCCUAAUUUGCCAUCUGAAUUUGUCUAGCUUCAGCUGUCAGCCUUUGGACCCUGUUAGACUGUUCUUUGCUAGAUUGAAGAGCCCGUUUUUAAAUAUUUGCUCCUCAUAUAGGUACUGAUAGACUGUGAUCAAGUCACGCCUUAAUCUUCUCACUGUUAAGCUAAAUAGAUUGAGCUCCCUGCACCUAUCAGGUUUUCCAAUCCUUUAAUCAUUCUCACGGCUCUUCUCUGACCCCUCUCCAAUUUAUCAACAUCCUUCUUGAAUUGUGGGCACCAGCGCUGGGCACAGGAUCCCAGCAGCGGUCGCACUAGUGCCAAAUACAGCGGUAAAAUAACCUCUCUGCUCCCACUCAAGAUUCCCUUGUUUAUGCAUCCAAGAAUUGCAUUCAUCCUUCUGGCCACAGCGUCACACUGGAAGCCAAUUAUCCAUGACCCCAAAAUCUUUGUCAGAGUCACCGCUUCCUGAAUAGAGGCCCCCAUCCUGUAAGUAUGGCUUGCAGUCUUUGUUCUGAGCUGUAUGGAUCUACUGAGGCCAUGUCUACACAAACUUGCACCAGUUUUAUGAAACCAUUUUAGUUUCAUUGGUGCAAGCGCCUGUGUAGGGACACACUCUUAGGCUAGGUCUACACUGGGGGGGUUGCCCUAAGAUACGCAACUUCAGCUACGCGAAUAGAGUAGCUGGGAAAUUGACUUAAGAUACAUCUGGCUGUGAGGAUGGCGGCGAGUCAACCUCUGCCGCUCCCCCAUCGACUCCGCUUCCGCCUCGCGCCGCGGUGGAGUUCUGGAGUCGACGGCAGAGCGAUCAGGGAUUGAUUUUAUCGCGUCUACACUAGAUGCGAUAAAUCAAUCCCUGAUAGAUCGAUCACUGCGGGUGGUGUAGACGUACCCUUAGUUUGGUUUGAUUGGGCUAGUUCAGUUUAGCCUCCAUUUGUUCUGGAUUGAUAAAUAAGCCUGGUUUAAACCGGCGUAAGAAUGUCCAUACAGCUUUUCGCAGCGGUUUAACUAAAUCAGCAUAAAAUGGUGUAAAAUGCACACCAAGCACCCAAUUCUCCCCUGCCUUGCAACUUGUGCCGUCAUUGACACCUGUGCAAAGUGAGAGCUAAGUGGGUGAAAAUGCUGCCAGAUCCAAAGGGCAGAGUUUUACAGGCACUUUGCACAGAUGUGAGUGAUGUCACAAGGGGCUAGACGGGACAAUCAGACCUGCUCUGCUGCUCAACACACAAAGCAAACAAACUGACCAGGCAGAGAUCAACCAUUCCAAUCUCUGAUCUGUUGGAACCAUCGGAGAGAAAAGAUUUUCAGACAGAAAUGUGAUUUAUUAUGUGGGUGAAAAUUCCUCCCUUCUGAAACUGCUCAGCGUUCAGUUUCUUGGGAGGUGAUAAUUCCUCCAGUUCUCAGUUGUCUGAGUAGAAAAGACGUGAGUUUGUAAUGUAACAAAAAAACAGUAUGGAACAGAACCCUCUUUUCAAAGAAUACCCCAUUCAGGCCGCCUUCUUUCAUUAUAAAGAAACAAAAGGUCACACAGGUUUCACAGUAGCAGCCGUGUUAGUCUGUAUCCGCAAAAAGAAGAACAGGAGUACUUGUGGCACCUUAGAGACUAACAAAUUUAUUAGAGCAUAAGCUUUCGUGGACUACAGCCCACUUCUUCGGAUGCAUAUAGAAUGGAACAUAUAUUGAGGAGAUAUAUAUACACACAUACAGAGAGCAUAAACAGGUGGGAGUUGUCUUACCAACUCUGAGAGGCCAAUUAAUUAAGAGAAAAAAACUUUUGAAGUGAUAAUCAAGCUAGCCCAGUACAGACAGUUUGAUAAGAAGUGUGAGAGUACUUACAAGGGGAGAUAGAGUCAAUGUUUGUAAUGGCUCAGCCAUUCCCAGUCCUUAUUCAAACCGGAGUUGAUUGUGUCUAGUUUGCAUAUCAAUUCUAGCUCUGCAGUCUCUCUUUGGAGUCUGUUUUUGAAGUUUUUCUGUUGUAAUAUAGCCACCCGCAGGUCUGUCACUGAAUGACCAGACAGGUUAAAGUGUUCUCCCACUGGUUUUUGAGUAUUUUGAUUCCUGAUGUCAGAUUUGUGUCCAUUAAUUCUUUUGCGUAGAGACUGUCCGGUUGGCCAAUGUACAUGGCAGAGGGGCAUUGCUGGCAGAUGAUGGCAUAUAUCACAUUGGUAGAUGUGCAGGUGAACGAGCCCCUGAUGGUCACACAGCCACUCUUCCCACCCUUUGCAUCGAGGGGAGUGUGUUGUUUUUGUUUUUAACAUACGGCCCUGAUAGGGUUUAUUUUAAUUAUUUGUAUUAGUUAAACAUAUCUGUUGCUACGUGUCCUGUUAGAGAAGGCAGGUCAAUGAAACACACCUUGCGACUGAAGCAGAAAAAUGGUCCUUGAUUCCAGGAGGAGUUCGUUGCGCGGUCUCGGACCACGCCUGGAGAGGGUUCUGUCCCGGCCCAGAUCAGCUUUACUCAGAGUUUAGCCAAGUAAAGGCUGCGGAGUGGUGCAAUUCUAGCAGCCCAGGCCGGUAUUCGGGACCGUUUCCCUUCAGCAGCAGAAACCCUGAGUGCGUCAGAAGGCAGAGAAGAGACUUGGGUCUGGCACUUUAUGGCCCCAAAUCUUGUCCUCCCCACCUCCGGGCCACGCCGUGCCUGCUGGUAGAAGGCAGUGGAGCUGGGGACGGGGGGUUCUGCUGUGUCUCGGAGGCUGUCUCGGAGGCCAAGCCUGGCCUCUCUGCAGCACAAGGAGCCCAUCUGCCCAGGCAUGUUGGGUGCCUCUUGCAGGGUGGGAAUCUAGCUCGUGGAUCGGGAUGGGCACGGGGCUCUUGCCAGUGUAGGUGGAGCAGCGGCUGGAGCCCAAAGCCCAUUUACUCCAGCUUUGCACCAGGAAGGCAGCCAGGGAGGAGGGAGUGGAAACGUGAGGGCUAAUAGUGCAGCCAGGGCUCAGCUACUGGGGCGAUGGGCCUCAGGCGAGGUCGGUCAGAGAUAGAAAGCAGCAGGCGGGUUUGUCACCGGAAUGUUCCGUAGGAGGCCAAAUCUAGCCCUCCCUGGCAUGGAUGGUCAAGGCCCACAAGGCCUGAGGAGCUGCUGUUUCUGGUGCGGGGGGCAGAACAACGCUGGGUGGGGAGGUUUUAGUGGAGGGACGUCACGUGGGAUCGGACAGCUGCUGCCCCCAGAUGUUCGCCCACGUGAACAGCAGACGCACACGCCGUGGCUAGCGGCUCAGAUCACCUGCCCUCUGAGGAGGAGGGUGAGCUCCCCUGUGGCACCAGCCCCUCCAAGCGGUUUAACCUGAUGCGUUGAGCAGCGCCAAGGUGUAGACUCAGUGUAGACAAAACCCUGCUUUGAACCUGCCUUCUUCCCUCGGGGACAGGGUCUGGCAGCGCUACCUGCACCUUGUCACCAGAGCACGAGGCGAUGUCUGGCUGUGGAGGGGCCCACGUGCCAGCUGCCAUCUCCGACCAGCAGUUUCUCCUCCAACCCUCCACUAAUCUCCCUAGGUGCCCCUUGUCCCCCAGGAUUCUCCUUCCCAGGCUCUAUCCCCAAAUCCCUCUUCCAGACUCAGACUCACAGCCUGACUUCCCCGCUGCCCCGACCUCUCCGGUAUCCUGGUCACCACAGGCUCCCCCGGCUGCCUCCCCUGACUCCAAAGCCUUCCUUGCUGUGGAAGGGGAGAGUCCAUGGGAAUCUGGUCACCCCGGCUGCUAUUUGGGGCACCCUGAGGUGGCUAUUUCUGAAGCAUCCCAUGUGGAGCUAGAUGAACUUGAGCAGCAAGUGGUUUUUGUUUUUUGAGGGGCGGGGGGAAUGUGCAGGUCUUGGGGGAGAAACGGGAGAUUGUUUAUUGUCCAAGCAAGUGGGUGAGAUUUCUGGGGUCCCUGGCAAAGGGCCAAGGUGCAGCCCUUGGCAUCCCAAUUUUGAACGCCCCUUGCGGUAAAGGGGGAAGUUAAGGCCCAGAUGAGAACUCAGAGUGAAACUCUAAUAGAGAGAGGAAAGGAGAGCGUGUGUGAGCGGGUGCACCACUGCUGUCUAUUGGAAAGAAUCAGAAUGGCUCAGCUGUGUGUCAUAAGCUCCAUACUGCAAACAGCAAAUGGGGAAUCUCCUUUAGCCCAAGGGGCGGGGACCUGUGCUUGUGGAGCAGGCAGUUCUGAGUUUUAUCCCUGCUUGCCCCGUGAAGCUCUGAGUGCAGACCGUGUGCGGCUAAGUGGCAGCUGCGAAGUCCUGAACUGAGCAUGGGUUUGUUAAAACCGUUACAGUCGCUCAUUCUUCCGAAAAAUUCCUUUCAUUUGUGGCACUUCCCCUUGGGUCCCCCCUCAACUUGCCUCAAGGGGAGAGCAGAAGGAGUGGGAAGCAAUGAGAUGCAGAAGCAGCAUUUUGCUUUUUUCCUCAGGGAGAACCCCCUUACUCAGACCUUCUGUAAGACGUGCCGGCCUCUCCUCUGAUGGCUGCAUGUUGGGUGAAGCGUCACGCUCCAUUAGUAACUGUCUGGGACUGUCAGCUCAGGAGUGGAGCUGAAAGUUUGAGAAAACGGGACCAUCGUGACCUGACACAGGUACAGCAUUUAGCUGGGGGGCACGAGGGUUGUUUUAUUAGUGAGGCUUCCUGUCCCAAAGUGGGAACAACUGGUGUAAAUAACGUACGUACUUAGAAUAACUUAGAAAAAUCGGAACGACUGCCUCCCUAUAAUCCCUGGAAAUACAUACAAAGUGAGUGCUCGGUCUAGAGGACAGGAAAGGCUGGGUGGUGAGACUGCAUUGUUGAAGCAGGUUGCACUCAACGGGAAUAACUGUAGUAGGAGCCUCUCCCAUUAGAGCGGGUCGAAGGCUGUUCUUGGGAAAAUGGGGUUUUGUUAAAAAUUUUCAAGAAAAGGUUGUGUGAAAAAAUUUUUUUUGUUUAAAUUCAAAACAGAAAACAGAAAAAACGCCAAAGUGUUUCCUUUCAAAGCUGUGAGAAAAUGCCCCCUUUUUGGCUACCCCUCCCUGACAGAACAAGGAGCAAUGGUCUCAAGUUGCAGUGGGGGAGGUCCAGGUUGGAUAUUAGGAAAAACUAUUUCACUAGGAGGGUGGUGAAGCACUGGCAUGGGUUACCUAGGGAGGUGGUGGAGUCUCCUUCCUUAGAGGUUUUUAAGGCCCGGCUUGACAAAGCCCUGGCUGGGAUGAUUUAGUUGGGAACUGGUCCUGCUUUGAGCAGGGGGUUGGACUAGAUGACCUCCUGAGGUCCCUUCCAACCCUGAUAUUCUAUGAUUCCCUUUCCCACUACAAAAUUAAGGGGGGAAAGUUAAAAAGUGAGAGAAAAUAACACCUUCGCACCUCAAAACUUGUAUUUUCUUUCCACUUUUGGACAUCCCGCCUCUUUAGGUGAGAGAAAAUAACAAAAUAACACUGACUUUUUUCCUCCAGGAGGGGGAGGAAAAACGGGGUGUUUUUUUUCCUUACCCAAAUGAACCAAAACACUUCAAACUGAAAUUUCACAAACCCCCACAUUUGUGCAAAAAUUCUGAACAAAAAUAAAAUAUGCAAUUAAAAAUAAUUGAAGUAAAAGACUGGGUCCAGUUAGCUCUAUAUGGUAAUUAGGAAGCUAGAUUUGGCCUUUAUGAUAGUGCUGGUACUGCCCCACCAUAACACCAUGCACUCCCAUGACCAUUAUUCAUGAGCUCACCUUUUUGUUCAGAGGGAAGGAUGAGUGCGUUUGGGACGCAGUCUCCUCGUCUAGGCCACGUUGUCCUGACGCUCGGCAGCGAUCGCAUGGAUUCCGUUUCUGAUCUCCGUUUCUCCCCACUUCUCAGCCGCCUGGGAUCACGAGCCUUUUAGAAGCAGGAAGCAGCAUCUUGGAUUUCUUCUAACCUGCCUAGAAUCCAGUGAAAGGAAAGGGUGUGGGGAAGGUAUGGAGCAGUGCUCAAUUUGUAAAGAAAGAGGCGCGGGGCUCAAGCAGUUUUUUUACUUUCAUAACUGAUGCAGCAGGGCCAGAGGUGCCGGAGCUAGGAACUGCUAAGGAGCCCCGGUACAAAUUAAGCACGGGCAUGGAGACACAGUAGGGCAUGGCCUACAUGGCUGCAGCUCCACUGGUGACCGCACAAGUAUAAACAAUGCUCAAGAGGCUGUUGGAUUUUCUAGCAGUCUCAUCUGAACUUGCCCUGAAUAGGGUUAGACAACCCAGGGUUAAAAUGUCAGCGGUUGGUGCAUACUAGUGCAAUCCCUGAUUGUGUUGCGGUGCUAGUGCAACCGUGGGAGAUCUGAAUAAAAAUGCCAGUGUAGGUACAGCCUAGGACUUGUGGUCUACCAAAGGCAAACCAAAUCAAGAGUAUCCUUCCCAGCUCACUGCAAAAAUCUCACGUGCGGGGGUUACUUGCAAGUGGUCAGUUAAAUCACAUGGUACUGAUUCAGUUUCCUGAUUGUGUAAGUGCACAAGCAAGCACUUCCCGGUGCCGGUAUUCGUAUGUGCAAAUUUAAAAUUUUAUUCCCGUGACGGUUCAUGCUAGUAAUGUUUGGUCGCUCAAAUGCUCCUGGAAAAAUUCACCCAGCUCUACCAACAAUGGGACAAAUCUUGAAGUCCUUACUUGGGUUUGUACUUGGCCAACUUCCCCUUAAAGGCAAUGGAGGUUUUGCCUCAAUAAAGACUUGGGGUUUUGCCCAUUAUUUGGCAAGAGUAACAGAAGCAUCCUGCAGAAUGGGUUGGAUGGUGGGACAAAAAAUCAGAGACAGGACAUUGGAGUAGGUGGACAAUUGGCCAUAGGGUGACCAGAUAGCAAAUGUGAAAAAUCAGGACAAGGGGUGUGUGUGUGUGUGUGUGGGGGGGGGGGUAAUAGGUGCCUAUAUAAGACAAAGCCCCAAAUUUUGGGACUGUCCCUAUAAAAUUGGGACAUCUGGUCACCCUCAUUGGCCAUUAUGUCAAUUCCUGCAUUGGCUUAACUGGCACGGAUUGAUUCUUGAACUUCCUCUAAAAACAUGUGGAGCGGUGUCAUAGCUGAGACUGAUGGAACCCCCUUUACUGUAGGCCUGCCCCAAACUGCAAGCAAGCAUGUCUUGUUUCAGCCUGUGGUGAGACGCUUCCACCCACUCCUCCUUGGAAAUAGUUUCCGAUAUUUGCACUAAGAGUUGAAUUUUGACACAUGAUCUCCAUCUGUAAAUGUCUUCAACUGUGCGUUGUGAUUGUACGUACCGUUUAGACCUUGGGAGUAUAGAUAGUGUAUAUAUAAUUAGAUAUAAAUAUAUUUAUAUAAACCUGUCAUAGAUGCAUGGGCAAGUUUCCAUUUCUGUGUUUCAGGAACGUUUUUUGUGUGAGUAACCGAGGGCAGGAAUACGUUGUCUGAGUUGCUAAAGGUCACAUUUUGGUAAGGGGCUUUGUUGAUAUUUUCAAGUAAGUCAGCUCUGCCCUUUUCAAAUAAAUGUUAAUGUUGCUCUGUGA